UGUGGUUUGCUGUCCUUCAGAUGGGUAAAGGUUCCUUCAAGUAUGCCUGGGUCCUGGACAAGCUGAAGGCUGAGCGAGAGAGAGGAAUCACCAUCGACAUCUCUCUGUGGAAGUUCGAAACACCAAAAUACUACAUCACCAUCAUUGAUGCUCCUGGACACAGGGACUUCAUCAAGAACAUGAUCACUGGAACUUCUCAGGCGGACUGCGCCGUGCUGAUCGUGGCCGCGGGCGUGGGUGAGUUCGAGGCAGGGAUCUCCAAGAACGGGCAGACGAGGGAGCACGCCCUGCUGGCCUACACGCUGGGAGUGAAGCAGCUGAUUGUGGGUAUCAACAAGAUGGAUUCCACCGAGCCGCCCUACAGCGAGAAGCGCUACGACGAGAUCGUAAAGGAGGUCAGCGCCUACAUCAAGAAGAUCGGCUACAACCCGUCCACCGUGCCCUUCGUGCCCGUGUCUGGUUGGCACGGCGACAACAUGCUGGAGGCCUCGCCCAAUAUGCCAUGGUUCAAAGGUUGGAAGGUUGAGCGCAAGGAGGGCAAUGCCAACGGGGUGACCCUGCUAGAAGCUCUGGACACCAUCCUGCCCCCCACCCGCCCCAUCACCAAACCCCUCCGGCUGCCCCUGCAGGAUGUCUACAAGAUCGGAGGGAUCGGCACAGUGCCAGUCGGUCGUGUGGAGACCGGAGUUCUGAAGCCGGGCAUGGUGGUGACCUUCGCCCCGGUCAACAUCACUACGGAGGUGAAGUCGGUGGAGAUGCACCACGAGGCCCUGUCCGAGGCCCUGCCCGGCGACAACGUGGGCUUCAACGUGAAGAACGUCUCCGUCAAGGACGUGCGCCGUGGCAAUGUGUGCGGAGACAGCAAGAACGACCCACCCAUGGAAGCCUGCACCUUCACCGCUCAGGUGAUAAUCCUGAACCACCCGGGGCAGAUCAGUGCCGGUUACUCCCCCGUCAUUGACUGCCACACCGCCCACAUCGCCUGCAAGUUUGCCGAGCUGAAGGAGAAGAUCGAUCGACGAUCCGGCAAGAAGCUGGAGGACAAUCCCAAGACCCUGAAGUCCGGCGACGCUGCCAUCGUGGAGAUGACUCCUGGGAAACCCAUGUGUGUGGAGAGCUUCUCCAAGUACCCCCCCCUCGGCCGAUUUGCCGUGCGUGACAUGCGUCAGACUGUGGCCGUGGGCGUCAUCAAGAACGUGGAGAAGAAGGCCAGCACCACCGGGAAGAUCACCAAGUCUGCCCAGAAGGCCCAGAAGGCUCAGGGCAAGUGAAUGGGACAUCCCAGGGACGUCAGCACCAAACCAGGCCCCCUCCAGGUCUACCCUGUGUCCAAGGGACAUGUGUGUGUGUCUGCCUGUCAAAGCUCACUGGUGAAUGACUGGAUGUUAACUAUUAAAGUCCAAUGGAAGUUUUUUAAGAGGAAAAGCAUGUCCCUGUAUUGGUGAGGGUCUCGGUUUUAUCAAUAAACAGAAGCAACCACAUGGA